GCUGCAGUGCAGAAUAUUCCCCAAAGUUUUAUUACACUUACUCUCUCUGUUACUUCUCUUACUCUCUCUGUACUCUCUCUUACUUCUCUCUGUUGGUGAAAUUGCCUUGCAUGAGUAUUGCUGAGUGAGAGCUGAAUAACACCCAGUGCUGCUGCAUCAGCAUGUAGUGAGGAGUUUCACAACACCCAGCAGAAGUUUUUGCACAGAAGUAAGUAGUACCAGAAGCAGCAGCAAGUGUUUGGACAUCUGGACUAAUAGGACAGUGAUUGUAUCACAGAAAGGUGAGCAGCAUGACACACAUGCUCACUCACAGACACACAUAGACUUGGGCUAGGCAGUGCAGAUACUAUUUUAUUUAUUAGAUCUGUUUUGCUGGGCUGUUUUUACCUUUCAUUUUACAGCAUCAGUUUCAGGGAGUGAAAAUCCAGUGAAGUGAGUCAGUGAGAAGCCUAAUGCAGCUGCUGGCUCUAUUCUGUCUGUGUCUGACUCCUCCUUCCUGAUCAACUAAUCUUUGCCAAAGCUGUGAACUGAAUAAACUAUUUCACUUUGAAGAUUAGUUGAUUUUGAACUAAUCAUUCAUGAACUACCCAGUUUCAACGUCUCCCCUGCUGCCUCCCUUACAGCCGGAGGGGAGCGGCGGCGGGGGUCGUCCCAGGAUAGGGCGCGGCAGCAUUGAGCCCCACAGAGGUGCCUUCCCUGCAGACAGAGAGAGCUCCGGCCUGCGGGGGGAGGGCACGCGCAGGGGGUCCGGUGGCAGGCACAGCAGCGAUAGUGAGGGCCAGCAGGCGCAGGAUAGGAUAGAUGAUUGGCGGGGGGCCACGCCAAUUGUGGUCAAGGGGGCCAGCGGAUCACCAGCAGGCCAGGCGGGGCAUUGGCCGUUGGGUCCCUGCCGGCCGACGUGCCAGGAGAGGUGCGCCGGCAUCUGCGUGGGGCUCCCGCUGGUUCCAGCCGCGACUUUUGGGGAAGUCAGGAGACUUCCAGAGAGUUGGCGUCGGCUCUGUCGACGGUGGUGGCGGCAUUGGGCCCAUUGGCCGCAUCCCCGGGCGCGCACGCAGAAGCAAGGGCGUCCGGUACGCAGCCGGGGUCAGCGGCUCAGCGAAUAGCACGGGUUUUCCUGUCCUGGGACACCGUCCAGUACGGACGGAGCGCGGACGCGAGGUGGGGAUGUCUUUGCACCGGGAGUGGUUUCCGGGUCCCGUGCUUUGUCUUAUUUUUCAGGUGAUCGCGGAGAGGUUGAGUGAACGAUGGGAGUAUUUUGAAGUUUCCACACUGGAGGACUCCCAGUCCGAACAGUCGACAGCAUCAGGGGAGCUCGGGGAAGAGGAGAUGGCAGAGUUCGAGGAGGAAGACGUCGGUUUGGCCACGCCGGAGGAUUCCAUGUCGGGGCAGUCGGCGGCAUCAGGUGAUCGGGCCGGACUGGAGGGUCUAGCGUUGCGGUCAGUCGCGCCAACUAUGCUUACGGCUUACAGGCAAGCCUGGAGUGAGUGGGAGGAGUUUGUUCAAGGACGGAAUUCACAAGGAAGUGAAAAUAAUGCUGGUUUGCGGUGCAAGGGAGUAACUAAAGUCGCUGUAUUAGUGGAACGGCUAUGGGGCCUGAUGAUGCUCGUCCAGUCCCAGCUUGGGAUGUGGUCAGAAUCCCAUGGUCUGGAUCCCAACGGUCAAAAUCUCAACACCGGAAUCACAAUGCUUAGAAUGCAGAUGGAUCCAUGAGAACGGUAUUUAAAUGGAGAUGGAGCUGGUACCUCUGAAACAGACCCUCGCACCAAAUCACCCAACAACAUACCACUCAUUAGUUCAAAUUCUUCCAAAAAAUGUAUAAAACUUUUUUUUGUUAAAAAUUGGAUAAGACUCUUACAUUAAUCUUGACCUUAGUGGGUUAGUUGUUAACACUGGGGACAUGCUGUCUACCCCAGCCGGGGAGGAGCUCCUAAGGCAGCCUGUCCACCCACUUAGCCUAAGAUUGGCCCCCAACGCGUUUCAUCUAUAAGACUUCCUCAGGGGUGUAUUUGAACAAGAAAUCAAAUUAUACUUUGUUCAUAUAAUGUACAAUCAUAAAAAUAACAAUAAAAAGUGGCAAUACAAAGAAAGAGUGGUGGCAUAGUGGCUAAUUGGUAAAACUGAAUAGCACAAAACAUCGUACUCAGAAAUUGAUUAUGGCUGAUGAUAUUUCAACUUCUAACUUCUAUACAAAAAGAUGACUUUUUAGAUCAUAUGGGAGGAUAGUUCUACUGUGAAGAUUUAACAGCUUUUGUCCAUACAAAAAUAUAUAUCCACAAUGAGCAUUGGUCAAUUGUAUAAUAUUUUCUUAAUAAUUAUGUUCUUAUGAUUUUUUUUAAGUGAUAAUUUUUAGUAACAAAAAUUUUUAAUAAUUUUUCACUUAGUUUUUAUAUGUAAAAGGCAGGAAACAUCCUAAUGGUGGAUUUAGAGUAAAAAAAACCUCUUAAAUAAAAUCUGCAAACAUAGGACAAUACAUAACCUAUAAUUGUCCCAUUAAACUUUUAUUAGCCCAGUGAAUUUUAUUUUUACUUUUUUU